UCUCUCUCGGCCCGAGCCCGGCGAGACGUCGACGUGGACGACGUGACUGCAACUCUCGUCGUCUCAGCUGUUGCAGCCGAGCCGGCCCGACUCGGACUUGGCGUAUUCGCGGGCUCACCUAGUCAUUUCGUGUAAGCACUCGGCCGCGGACGUGUUCGGGCUCUCUCACUCAUUGUCGUGCGGGCAGGUUCGAGGGAUCGAUUUUUCCGAGAACGGCAGACGCAGCGGUAUGAUGAACGUCAGCGAGCAGAUCAAGGAUAUGGGCUACGCCAUCUUGGAGGACUUCCUUCGGCCGCACGAGAUUGAGGAAUUGAAGGCCGGCGGGCAAGAAUUCACGAAAAACCUGCCACCCGAGUCGGAACGGAGUGUAUUCGACACGAUAAAUUUACAGCAGGCUAAGGAUCACUACUUCCUGGAGAGCGCUAACAAAAUAAGCGUGUUCUUUGAGGCUGAGGCUUUGGAGAAAGAUGGGAAGCUGAGAGUAGAUCCGGAAGUGUCGCUGAACAAAGUGGGUCACGCACUCCACUGGUUACAUCCCACUUUCAAGAAGUAUACUUUCGACGAGAGGGUCAAGGAAGUCGCUUUCCAGCUUAACUAUAAAGAACCGGCGGUAUGCCAGUCGAUGUAUAUUUACAAGAACCCGGCGAUAGGUUCGGAAGUGACAACGCAUCAAGACGCAACGUACUUGUACACCGAGCCGGUAACACUGUUGGGCUUCUGGAUCGCGCUGGACGACGCUACGCAAGAGAACGGGUGUCUAUGGAUCGCGCCGGGCUCGCACAAGAGCGGUGUGCAUAGGCGUUUCGUGAGAAACAAAGAGCCGGGCGAAUUGUUAGUUUUCGACAGAGCGGCGCCCCAUUAUUCGCAGAGCUGCUUCACCCCCAUACCGGUGCGCAAAGGCACUUGCAUUCUCCUCCACGGUCAGAUUCUUCAUCUCUCCGCUUCGAAUAGAAGCAACGUACCGAGACACGCUUAUACCUUUCACGUAAUCGAAACUAAAGACGCGACCUACGCGAAGGACAAUUGGCUGCAGCCGCCCGCUUGUGGUUUCGCAAAACUCUAUCUAAAUUAGAUAUAUCGUACUAAUUAGGAAUUAAUGUACGUGGAGUACACGCAACAUACCACACAUGUAUUCACAGGCGCGCACACACACACACACAUACACACAGACAUACGUAUAUAAGCGUCGACGAUCUUGCUACGGCUGUGCAAAAGAAUUUAUUUUUCCAUAGCAGCGUAUAAGAAAAAAAUAACAUUUCACGUGUGCAACUUAGCGAUGAUAAAGAGAAAGUAAUAUUUUAAAAUGAGGGAAAUAUCACAGUAAUGUCUACAGUAAUAGUUACUAUUCUACGUCGUCAUCGUAUAAUAUAACUUGACUGUUCAAAUAUAGCGGGUAAAAACAGAGGGACGUUCAUAAUUUUCUAAUCGAUUUAUAUCAAAAGAGAAAAGUGUCGUUGUGUAAAGUUAUCUAUCAAUAUUUAUUGUUAUAAUGCUUAUUAAUGUAUCAAAUAAUAUACGAAGAGUAUUAGUAUAUUAUUCUAACAUUUUUCCUUUCUAUAAGCCUUAUCCAAAAAAAAAGCACAAAGUGUAUGAUUCUUUGUAUAAUUCUUUUAAUAUUUA